GUAACGAGGUGCAGCUGCGCUAGUUGAGGAGCGGUAGACGUCAAGAGGAGGACGGGAGACUGGGCCGAAGAGGAGUCAGCGGACAGCAUAAAUGGCCUCGGUGUCUCCCGAGUGAAGGAUGGGCUCUACGGUAUCGCAGCCAUGGCCAGAUCCACCAACAGAACCGCCGAGGACGGGGAUUCACGGGUAAGCGCCCCCACGGACCGCGGGGAGGCGCGGGACCUGGCCGAGCCCCGGGAACUGUCUCUGGAGGAGGUGCUGAAGUCCUACGAGCAGCCCAUCAACGAGGAGCAGGCAUGGGCGGUGUGCUACCAGUGCUGCAGCGGGCUGAGGGUGCCCCGCCCGCCGGCUGGGAGAGUCAGCCGGGUGAAGGACCCGUCCUUCAUCCACCUGCACCGGGACGGAACGGUGUCAUUACAGCAGGAGCCCCGACACAACGAUGACACUGACGGGCCUCCACUUUCCCCUUCUGCAGAGCGUCAGCUGGUCCAGUCGCUGGGCGUGGCCAUCUACCGAGCUCUGGACUGGGGGCUGGACGACAGUGAGGAGCGUGAGCUCAGCCCACAGCUGGAGCGCCUCAUUGAACGCAUGGCGGGAGGGGACCAGGACGGAGAGGGCGACGGCACCGCUGGCAACGGCGCAACAGAUGAGGGGUACAGCGGCCAGGAAGAGGAGGAGGAAGACGAGGAGCAGGAAGGAGUAAUAAAGCCAGUGUGUACGUUCCGCCAGGUGAUGGCACUGUGUGCGUCUCGGCUAGCCAACCCAAACUUGGCUCCAGAGCACUACCAGGCUGUCUGCAGGGCCCUGUUUGUAGAGACUAUGGAGCUGCAGACCUUCCUCAUCAAGAUCAGAAAUGCAAAGGAGAUGCUAAAGAAGAUCACAAUAGAGGAAGCUGUGGAAGACAGGUCCACAGCCGAGCUGGACGCGCUGAAGCACAGAGACUGGGCACGUCUGUGGGUGCAGCUGAUGAAGGAGCUCAGGCAGGGAGUGAAGCUGAAGAAGGUGCAGGAACAGCCGUUCAACCCGCUACCCACAGAGUUCAGCCUCACACCCUUCGAGAUGCUGAUGCAGGACAUACGAGCUCGCAAGUUCCAGCUCCGCAAAGUCAUGGUGGGUGGUGACAUUCCUUCCAGAGUGAAGAGAAAUGCCCAUGAAUUGAUACUGGAUUUCAUCAGAUCAAGACCUCCACUUAAACCAGUUUCAGAGCGCAGCCUCCCCCUCCUCCCCCCGCAGCAGCAGUCCCUCCAUGACCAGGUCCUGGCUGAAAUCAAGCAGGAGAGAAAGCUACGGCCUGUGGUCCCGGACAGCUCCAGACCAUUUGGCUCUCUGCCCUGUCUGGCUCAGACUUGUCCUUGUAAUGUCAAAUCUACUUCAUGCAUUGACCUGUCCGUGUCAGAGCCCGGGCCCCGGCCGUCGUCCCGUCCCCGCAUCCUGCUCAAGGCUCCGACUCUGGCCGAGAUGGAGGAGAUGAACAUAUCUGAGGAGGAGGAGUCCCCAGACAACGGGGAGCUGAGGAGGGCAGAGAGUUCCCCCACGCCUCUGAAGAGAGAUCGCUCCUUCUCGGAGCACGACCUUGCCUUGCUCCGCAGCGAAAUGCUUCCCUCGCUCUCAGAGUCAGCCCAGCUGGGCGAGGUGGUCAGGCUGAGGGGUGAGAGGCCUCGUUCCAGGACGCUGACCGGCACCAGGCCGCCACCUGAUCACAGAGCUUCCUUCCCAGUUCACGGCUGGCUGCCACCCUCCCCGGCUCGUCUGUCUCUGAGUUCAGUGGACGAGACCACGGAGGGAUCAGAAACAACGUCUGGCUCCAGAGCUGGAGACGAGCACCAGUGGAUGACUGGUGGAUCUCCUCCCUCCCUCUGCUGUGUUCAGGAGGAGUUCAGCCACCCCGUGGAGAGUCUCGCCUUGACGGUGGAUGAGGUCAUCAACGUGCGCCGAGUGCUGGUCAAAGCAGAGAUGGAGAAGUUUCUUCAGAGCAAAGAGCUCUACAGUAACCUGAAGAGAGGCAAGGUUUGCUGCUGCUGCAGAGUGAAAUUCCCUCUUUUCUCAUGGCCAUCUACCUGCCUACUGUGUAAAAGAUCAGUCUGCAGCUCCUGCAGUGCAAAGAUGAAGAUUCCCUCGAAGAAGAUGGCCCAUAUUCCUGUGUACACCGUAGGCUUCCACAGCACUCCAAAGAGCCAUGGACACAAAAGCCAAGUCUAUAAGUCCCUGCGCAGCUUGUCCCGCCGCUCAGUGGAGGAGGAGUUCCCCCACCUGUAUGCUCAUGGCUGCACGCUGCGCGACAUCUGUGCCGAAUGCACCAAAUUCAUCGCCGAUGUCAUUUCCUCCAGCCGCCGGAGCCUGGACAUCCUCAACAACACUCCCAAGAGGGAGGCCAAAGCUGCUGCUGCUGCUGCUGCUCAGAGACCACAGCUGCAACGUCAGUCCCACCUCGAAAAUUGUCCUCAACCAAAUCCUCAGUGUCACCCUCCACCUCACCCACAGCCACAGCGUCACCCCCAGAUCCGUCCCCAGCCGCAUCAUCAACAGCAGCGGCUUCAUGCGCCAUCGUCGUCUCCUUCACUGCAGCUCCACGCCAAGACCAUCAACAAUGUGAACCAAUGAGUAGACUGACUGACACUUUAUUCCCUUCUGCCCCCACACACACACACACACUCCUUGAUGAGUUGUUCUCCUGCACUACACUGUGCGCACACACACAGACAUGCACCAAAAAUGUAGGGUUCUUUAAGGGUUCUAGUGGUUACAUGCACAUCCCUAAUGACUCAGCGAGCCAGCUGAUUGGUUAAAUAAAUAUAAAUAAUAAAUGAGAAUACAUAAUCCAGUGAGGGUCCUUAUUUAAAUAUUGCUGGGUUGGAGUAUUAAAUAGCUGGAGCAGUUAUGCUAUCACAUAUAAACCUACGAACAUUAUCUGGAGCUGUGUAGAACCCUUUUUAGUAAGAAUCUAGUGACUCUAAGCCACCACCACCUUACCCAUCAGCCAGUUCCCAACUAUAUUAUCUUCCAUAUCUCUCCCAACAGAUGCGCUCACAUACACACAUCAUCACAGAGCGCCCCCCUGCCCCCACUCACUUUAUAAGAUUUGAGUAAGAGGCAGUUCUGUCUGUAUCUGCCUUAUCUAGAGCCCCAUGACUUCACUCCCCAGCGCUCACAGCUGCUGGGAGGCAAGCAUAUGGGGGGAGAGGGCAGAUGCGGAAAGGUGGUUGGGGGGGUAUACACUGUGAGGGAGGAGGUGGCGGUUGGGUUGGGUGGUGGUUGUUUGAGGAGGGUAAAAGCUAUACAGCUUAGAGUCAACAUGUAACCCUAGCAUUUUGCUCUCUGUGGUUGCCUUGUUUUUUUUAUCAUGAAUGUAAUUUAGAGACACAGAAACAGAAUUGUAAAAUGAUAAGCUCGUACACAGCAUAAUAACAGUUAUUUUUAAUCAUCCAAAAAGGGAUUUGUAACAAGUGGCUGCUGUAUAACGAGGCCUCUUUUGGAUUUACAGCUCGUAAAGUCCCAGAUACAGCUGGAUGGGGUAUGAUAGCGGCGACACUGAAUGUAACGGGGCAAAGCUGCAGACUGCACCUUUAACUGACGCAGCAUGAUGGUGCUGAUGUGAACGCGAGCAGACGAAACUCACGCCUCUCUCACCUCCCCAUGGACGCUUGCAAUCUGCUCUGGUUUUGUAAACACUAAGUAAACCUCAACUGCAAUAAAAUCUAAUGACAAACACGA